AUGAUCGCUGCAUUUCAUGCCUUCGGACGUUUUCUCGGUGCUCAUCAAGUCAAGGCAGAGCUUCUUGCUUUGGCGCCCAUCUGGUCAGACAGGAAGGACUUGCUCGCUGGAUCAGUGGUCUCUGAGUUGGAGAACGUUUUCGGGCUCAUGCUGCGAUCAGCAUGGCUUCGAUUUGCACCGCAAACACCGCUGAUCCAGUCACAAUGCGCCUGCCGGGACACCCCUGAAACAAAUUCAUUGCUCUUUGAUGCUUUCGAUGAGAUCCGCGCUGGCCGCCGCACGAGCUUCGGCAUCUUCCAAUGUGGCACGCUCAUCCACGAGCCGGACUAUUCCAAUGCGGCACACCUGCUGGAGCAGUUGCUGUUCAUCUUUCUGCUUCUUACCCAGUUAUAUGACUGGGGCCUUUACAUCGGCGGCAUUCGAGAGGCCGAGGAUCUCGAGUCUCUGCGUGCCCUAGGAAUUUGUGCCGUGGUUAAUGCAGCGCCAGACGUCGUUCAUGUUAACUAUCCAGAGGGCUGGGUAACUUUGACUGUGGACGCAGAGGAUGAUCCCGCCUAUCCUUUGUUGGAAACACACUUGGAGCCGGUUUCGGAGUUCCUGAACGAACAGAGGGCCCAAAGAAGGCCUGUGCUUUUGCAUUGCUUUGCUGGGAUGAACCGCAGUGCAGCUCUUUGUGCCGCCUAUCUCUUAGCCCGGGAUCGAAUUGACUUAUUCACAGUCGUUAGACUGAUAAGUGAGCGCCGUGGCUGGAUCCUCAGCAACGAUGGCUUUGUGAGACAGCUGGUGCACCUAGCAAGGGCUGAGGAGCUAUUGAAGCCCGCUGAGCGCUUGCAGUUGGAUGUGGUGCACGAAGAAUCCGAUUCAAAGCCAUCGAAAUCGAGCUCGAGCUGUGCAAACAGGAGGGCCGCAUCCGAGCACUGUCAUGCAUCGAAACUGGGCCGCUCUUUGUCGAGGAUGUCAUCAUUCUCAUCAGAUGCAGCGGGAGACGCGCCAACGUCUUUGGAGCGAACGACGGCGCAUGACGGUCGGCUUGUACGCAAACUGUCCAAAUCCUCCAGCGCGCUUUCAGACAUCUCUACAGAUGGCGCGGGCGUGAAGGUUGCCCGAACUUCAUCUUACCAGCCGCUGCAAGCCCGCACUAUCUCAGACAGAGAGGUGGGGUAUGCAUCCCGGCUGCCGCGGCAAGAUUCCGUUGGCCCAGAGGUGAAAAAGAUUCGUCCAAUCCAAGACACGCGGGAGGGACGAGCAGGAUUGCGAGAUGGCACGUACCUUUACGUGGUUAUGCUCGGAGACGAGGAUAACAUCCGCUUGAUACACGAAGACCACUUGGUUCACGAGGGCGUCCUGGCCGGUCAUACGUCGCUGGUGCAAAGAAAUGAAUUCACCCGUGGUUGGGCCAAACAGUGGGACACCAACGACCCACAGUUCCGCCACACCGUGUUGUAUGCCGGUGAGCUGGAGUACCAGGAGGGAGAAGGGGUCGUGAUGUGGAAUAACCACUCGGGCCACUAUACCCCAUCGGCGGCAGACCAUGUUCGCGUGCAUUCGAUGAUUAGUGGCCAGUUCGCCAUCGAUCUCGCCUGUGCGGCGAAAAAGUUGGAUGUCAUGCUUCGGGCAGCUUGUGCAUGCCGAGCCGCCGCGAAUCAGGAGGUUCUUGCCGUCCGCAAGCUUCUGGAUGAGGCCGUAAACUUGAUGGCCUUGGCAACGGAUUGCUUUGAUCACACUCCUUGGACUUCGCGGACAGGACAAAGUGAAGACGAAGACGGCAACCACCUGCCAACAUCCCUUGUGGCAAACGAGGUUUUCUACAACUGGGCCCGGCGUCCGUCAGAAGAGGACGACAUGCCUUGGAAGUGGGAAAUUCUUCCCACGCCGGUUCCCUGGGGAGGCUUUGAUCGUUCCGUUUGCCAGUCGGAGUUGGGCACAGUAUGUGUGCACCUUGAGAGUGGGAAGAUGAAUGCUCUUGGAGGAAGAGGCCUGGCAUAUGGCACGCCGGCCUACUUACUGCAGUGUGGCGAUAGCUACGGCGAGUGGCGCCGGAUCACGUUGUGGCCCAGGCUUCCACGAUCAGUUGAGCAGGAAGGCACUGCAUGGAUACUCCACGUCUCCAGCCUGGCAAUCUCGAAUCUGUGGCACCUAUUGCAUGUGUUGACUCCAGCCUUGGCCGACAGAAGAGCAUGCAAGGAUCAGGAAUGCGAGAUAUUGAUCGAUGGUCUGAUGAUGGAUCGGGAGUGGACCGAAGGGUUGUCUGCAUCAGAUGCUCUUCGGCGAAGUUUCGCUUGGCCCUUCCUGCAGCUCCUCACCCGAAGGACGCCCAUGCUGAUCGGAGAACAGAUCAUCGGCCAGCCGGCCGAAAGAUGCUUCCGACAUGCGUAUUGGGGCUACAAGGGCGUGACGCUGUUUGGAAGGGACAAAGGCGGCCUGAGCACAUCAUCCUCACGACUUGCAGUGGAUCGUGUGGCUGCUGGCUUCUCUGCGAUGGGCGUGUCCGUUUCUGCAUGGAGUCCGACUUCCAGGACGAGUCACGAUCGCGCAAGAAGCUGGCACAUGCUGCUCAUCGAGCGACGGCCGCCUGCACGACGUGCGCUUGUUAACAGCAAUCAAGUCAUAAGUUGGCUUCGCUCGGGCCUUCUUCGCCGCCGCGCAACAGCUUUUUGGGCAGACUUCGCACAUGAGGAUCUGAAGUCUGAUGUACGACGGCAAUGGCAGCUGGCAUCUUCUGCGAACAUCCUUAUAGGCGCCCACGGAGCUGGCCUCGCUUGGGGGGCAUUCAUGCCGGUUGAUCCCAGCACGCCUCCGCCUCCGCCCCCUCCUCCACCUGAGGAGCGUGAGCGCCGCCCAUCCAACGGCAAGGGAACAAAGAGUGAACGCCUUGAGAGGCAAGCCGCAGAGAGGCCAUCCGCUGAGUCGACACGGCUUUGGUUCCUCCUCCAGGAGAAGAAGAACAAAGCAGUGGCUGAUUGGCUCAGUCAUGCAGAUGGACAGAAAGAAGUGAACAUAAAGGAUAGAGCCUUUGGUUGGACCCCUGUGCACUUUGCAGCGCAUCUUGGUUCCAGUCACUUGGUGAAGCUGCUGGUGGACGGAAAAGCACAUCUCGACACCUCGUGCAGCGAAGGCAACACGCCACUUAUGUGUGCUGCUCGGCAGAAUAAUACCAGCGCCACGAAUUACUUGAUUGCCAAAAAGGCAAAUCUGAAUUCUGUAAAUAACAAUGGCUGGACAGCACUGAUCUGGUGUGCCAUAAAUGGUUGUGAAGAUGUCGCGACGGCAUUGCUGACAUCCAGUGCAAACUAUCUCAAAUCCGAUAACGAGGGGCGAACUGCUUGUAUGUGGGCAGCCCGCCACGGGCACCUAUCCAUGGUGGAGACUCUUCUGGCCAAUGGGCUGAACUUGCUGCAAGCAGACGAAGCUGGUCUCACAGUGUACGACCACGCGCAGGAGCAGCUGGAGAUGCGAAGCAUGAUUGCAGCCGUUCAGGAGGUGAAUGAGGAGCUCCAAGCUGCAGCCAGGAAUAAUGACUAUGAUGGUGUGAAGCGAGCGAUAGAAGAAGGUGCAAACCUCAACGUAGAGGAUGAGGACGGUUGGACCCCUUUGAUGUGGGCGGCGUUGCAUCAAUCCCUGGAUAUGGUUCAACUGGUCAUCCGGCACGGAGCCAAUCCCAACCUCAUUGAUGAGCGAGGGGAGGUUCUUCAAAUGCUCAGCACCGACCACUUAGCAGUGGGCGACUCUGUCGUGGAAAUAGUUGGGAGCAACGAGCGGUUGCUCGAGCACGCAAAGGCCGGGCGCUGGCAAGAGAUCGACGCCGAGCUUGCCAUCGGAGCUUGGGUUAAUGUCCGCGAUGAGGCACGACGUACUGCACUCCUGUGGGCCGCGCGGCAUGGUGCCUGCGAGGCGGUAACGAAUCUGGUCAACAAGAAUGCCGAUUUAGAUGCCCGUGACGAGAGUGGGUGGCUUCCUGUGCAUUGGGCAGCCCAGUCUGGAAACGUACAGACCCUCUGCAACUUGCACUACCUCGGCAGUGACUUCACCUCCCGCACAUAUGUGGGUGAGACUGCGCUGCACAUUGCGGCGCAAUAUAACGACGGAGCGAUGAUUCAAGCACUUCUUGCGUCCAACGCAGAUAUCGAGGAGUUGGAUGUGGACAUGAGAACAGCACUGCACAUGGCUGCCGCAAAUGGGCAGACAAUCGCUUUGCAGACGCUUUUGUUUUACAAGGCGGAUCCUGACAAGGUCGUAGAAGAUGACUCUGGGGCAACAGCGUUCCUUCUGGCUGUGACUAACCAUCGCGAAGCGGUUGUCCAAGCAAUGCUGGCAGACAUUCCAGCUCCCCCGAAGUUGCCGCAUUUUCAUGUGACCAGCCCUGCUUCGCCGGAAAAGGCCAAGAAGACAAAGAACCUUCAGCCAGAACGCGAUGCAACAAAGGGUGCUUCCUCAACGAGAGGAAGCCGUGGCAAUGUCAAGUCCGCCUCAUCGGCAAAGGCGGUGGCUACCCCAACUCCGAAAAACAAGGUCGGGAGCAGGAAGAAACUGGUCAAGGACCUACGGGAGAAGCGCGGCGAGCAUCCCUGCGCUUUGCUGGAGACGGCGACUGAGAUUCGCUCUAAACUGGCCAAGAACAACUUUCCGAGCAUCUCAAGGAAGGUCCUCAAGCAAACAGACUGUGAACAAAGAAGUGCUCUGGCACUUGCAGUUCUCAACCGCAGCUCCAACAUCAUCCAAAUUCUCAUUGGUGCCAAGGCAGACCUCGAAACAGUCGAUGCUCAAAACAACGGUAUUUUGCACUAUGCUGCUAUGAACAGGGAUCGCGAAGUGGUGGCCCUACUCAUGGAGCUGAACGCCCGCAUCGACCGAGAAAACACAGAUGGUAUGAAACCUUCAGAUCUGUGUGAAGAUGCAGAUAUCCUGCACAUGAUCGCUCGGAAGUUGGUAAGCAAGAAGCUUGCCAGCCUGCCUCCCGCGCCGCCGGCAACCCAUCCGGCAUUGGACGGAGGAAAUCUGCUGGAGGAGUCCGCUCGAAAGCAUCGGAUCCGUUUCGAGGGAUUGCAGGUCUCCCUUUCACAGGAGAACAUAACUGAGCAGUUGAAGCUCUUUAUCAAACAGCGGGGUGCACCAAAGGCCAGCCGAAUUGAAGUUGCACUUGACCCGAUUACGGCACGUCCUAAAGGUCAUGCAUACGCAGACUUCAGCGACAUGUCGUCUGCCGAUCUAGUUCUGCAGGGUGAUGGUAAGCCCAUUAAUGGGCAACCGAUUCGAGUUUUCUUUGAGAUCCCGCUCCAUCUGAGCCAUCGCACUGAUCGCUGA